UUAAACAGCUGCAGGAAGCAGCAAGUGAUUUUGAAAGAGCAAAUGAAAAAUACAAUUCAGCCAAAGGAAAAGUGGCUGAAUCUGAGAAAAAAAUGAUGAAUGAUGGUCGUGUUUUUGAUGGUGCUUUACAGGAAUUACUGAACCAUGCCACUGUGGAGGUGAGUAUGAUACUCUUAGCCUGCAAACAGUAGACAGCAAUUUCUAUUUCCAGAAUGUGUUAAUCGACAUAAGUCUACAUGACAGGAAGUCUUGUUUUUCUAUAUUUCUUCAAUUACAGUAGCCUACUGUACUAUGGAAUAGAACAGUGCAGAUGCACGUCUGUUAGUAUUCCGCAGCCCAUGUUACUCUAAAAUGAGCUACUACCCUUCUGGUAAAGGACUCACAACAAUGAAGUGUUGUCAGCAAUUCAUGUACUGGCAAAAUAAAUAGAAUAAAUAACUUAUUUUUUGAAACAAAAUGUUCUCAGGGGCAUCUACAGAGGCUGCUCCCCCCAUGGCUCAAACAGUGCAGGGCCAACACAGGGGCAGCAGGUUACACUCACUUUGAAAGCUGUGCGUUUUUCAUAUGAAUAUAAAUUGAGAAGUGCUUUAAAGAAACUUAGUUCAAAUUUGAAUCUGAAAUUCCUCACAGAAAUGUUACGAAAGUUUCCAACCACAGUAUAUGAAGAAAAAAAACUUCAAAAAGAAAGCCUUCCUAAAUAAUUGACAAGCUGUCAUGUUGUUUUCUAUACAAUGCAUUUUAGUCUUUAGCGUCAUGUAACGAAUAAAAUUGUUCCGAUCAAUGCCGAAAUUUGUCCAACUAUACUGGCUAAGUAAUCGAGAGUAUCGAGUAUCCGCACAGCAAAAUUUUAACGAACGUUGGCUGCCCGCAAAAAUUAGAGCUUAGAAGUAUGUUCUAGUCAGUUAUAAAAACUUUUAUCUCAAUAUUCUAAGUUUAGGAAACAUACAAUAUGUGCAGCAUACAUGAUUCUAUGGACUAUGCUUAUGGAAACAUGCUAAAUAAUAGGUGUUUAUUAUGCGACUUACUGUCUAUCUUUUUAUUCACCAGGUUAUGGAAGCUGCUAAAUUAAAGCGUGAAAGUAGUGAUUCACAUCAACGAGUGUCAUUACAUUUCCAAGCUACUCAAAAGAAAGUUAAAGAACUAAACAGAAAUUUGAAGGGGGCGAUAUUAAAGUCAAGGUUAGGAAUCACCAUAAUCUGUGGAGUUGACUAGUAACUUACUACUUGUCUAUUACGAUAAAAAGUAAAUAUAUUUUCUGAAAAAUGUUUUCCACAGUAAUUAUUUUCUCAUGGUUGACUAAAUUUAUGUCAUAAAUUUUGUGUAUAACUGUGCUUUUGCUUAUACUGUUAGUCAUGAUUUCACAAAUAAUGUUACUAUUUUAAUUUAUAUUAACUAUUAACUAUUUUAUUGUUUAGGGGUUAUUUCGAACUUACUGCAGCCUUAAAUAGACAGUUAGAUGUAAGUUUUGAUGUUAUGUUGUAUUGUUGUGAGUAUGUUGAGCCUUACCGAGUGUGA